UGCUGCUGCUGCUGCUGUUGUUGUUACUACUGCUACUACUUGUGCUGCUGCUGUUGUGCUACUUGAAUCUUUCUCAUCUUUCUUUUUCUUCCUUUUCUUCUUCUACUUCUUCUUCAUCAUCAUCAUCAUCAUCAUCAUCUUCUUCUUCUUCUUCUUCUUCUUCUUCUUCUUCUUCUUCUUCUCCUCCUCCUUCUCCUUCUUCUUCUUCUUAGUCUUUUUUUCUUCUUUUUCUUUUUCUUCUUCUUCUUCAAAUGUUGCAGAUUGCCGCGAUAAAACGCACGACAUCCCGCGUAUUUUCGUAUCGCGGAACAAAUAGACGUUUUUCAUUGGCCCAGUUCUCGUUAAACAAUACCUCGUAAGCGUUUCAAAUUGGACGGUUGAAAUUGAUGUUUCGUCUUGGCACACCGCCAAAACGUCCUAUUGUAAUGCGAGAGUGUUACUAAACAUAGACAUCGUGUCGUAUGUAUUUCAAAGAAGGGGAAGUUUAUCAUGGUGCCACGGGCUAGUAAAUAAGGGAGAGAUUUCUUUGAUCGAUCGUCGUCGAGAUGUUGGUGCGGUGAGUUGGAGGUGUAAAUUUCGUCGGUUCGUGCCAUCGCGAAGAGUGUUGUUCGUUGUAAUAAUAUAAUUCGCUUUCUCUAUCUCUCUCUCUCUCUUAUCGUAAAGUCAUCAUCAGUCAUUGUACGAGUGUAAUCGAGCGUAUUCAUAAUUUACUUUGAUAUCUCUUUUUCUCUCUUUGGAAGUCAUUCAUGUGAAAGUGUUUCGAGGUUAGAUAUCGCGCUUCCCUUUUUUUCUUCUUCUCUUCUAAGAAACAGAGGAAACGAUAAGGAAUGAAUCAUUCGGAUUCCAUGGAAGUGUCGUAAAAUAAGGAGUUAUCCAAAAUUUGAUGAUAGCUGCGAACACAAAUCGGGUGAAAAGUGUUAGUUCACUGCGGACGUCAAAGCGCAAUGUUCACUGCUAAUCGUUCUUAGAUACGAUAGAUCGAUCGAGAUGGAUGUGAUCGCGUACAAUCAUCACGAGAUCUCGAGUAUAGUGAACGACAUAGACGGGGGCGACCUCGAGGAGAGUCAGUACGAGGAAGAGAGCGAGGAAAUCGUGCCUUAUUUAGAUAUCGAUCGGAAUCUGCUCACUCUCGAGGAGAUCAAUGCCGACAACGAGAAAAAGUACAAGUUUCCAUUCAGGAGAAGUCUUUUCGACAACGUAGCCCCUUACAUAGCGUUCCAAUCGUUCGACUCAAAGGGCCUCCCGUUGCCCUACGAAAUGAGCAAACACCUAAAAUGGCGAUUGAGUACGAUCACGCCUAUUAUCGUACGUCGUACGCUCGUAAAUUCUGGUUUUCGGUUGAUGAAAAAGUCCCAAGAAUGGUCGGGCACUUGGGGCAAGCACAUGAAGUCGGCGUGUUAUAAAAACUUGAAAGAGUUUCAAAAGGUCAAUCAUUUUCCCGGUACGUUUCAAGUUGGUCGGAAGGAUCGUUUGUGGCGUAACGUCAGUAGGAUGAUGGCGAAGUACGGGAAACGAGAGUUCGGUUUCGUUCCUAGAACUUACGUGUUACCUCAGGACCUACGUUGCUUCCAUCAGAUCUGGGAGAAAUCUGGUAGCAAGGAAAAAUGGAUAAUCAAGCCUCCGGCUUCGGCAAGAGGAAGAGGUAUUCGCGUCGUUCAUCGUUGGUCCCAAAUACCAAAGAAACGUCCCGUGGUCGUCCAACAAUAUUUGUCGAAGCCGAAAUUGAUCGGCGGUGCCAAAUUCGAUUUGCGUCUUUACGUGCUCGUGACGAGUUUCAAUCCCUUAAAGAUUUAUCUUUAUCCGGACGGCUUGGUCCGUUUCGCGUCCGUAAAAUACGUCGACGACAUAAACUAUCUCAGCGAUCGUUUCAUGCACUUAACGAAUUACAGUAUAAACAAGAGCAGCGCGACCUACACGAGCAACAAUUGCGCUGACUCGUGUUUCGGGCACAAGUGGACCUUGAGGACGCUUUGGUCUUACCUCGAGAGAGAACACGUGAACGUCUCGAAAUUGUGGUCGAGCAUGAAGGAUAUCGUAGUAAAGACGAUGAUAGCCGGCGAAUCGUCGAUCAAUACUCUCAGCAGACCGAACAUGCAGUCGAGGUACUGUUGUUACGAACUUUUCGGUUUCGAUAUUUUAUUAGACGAACAUUUGAAACCGUGGUUGCUCGAGGUGAACAUAUCUCCGUCCUUGCAAUCGUCGUCGACCCUCGACGACGCGGUCAAGGGUCCCUUGAUAAAGAACGUCUUCAAUAUCGCUGGUUUUCAAUUGCCCUCUACCAUGCCGACCGAGGACGUGGAGAAGAUAUCUCAGAAAUAUCAGGUGGACGCGGUGUGCUUGGAUCUACGGCUCCACAGGACGACCUUGAGCUAUCAGGAGAGGCACAAACAAUCUUUGUACGCUAAUCUGCGCGAUCGCGAGGAUUACAUAGACGAGAUCAUCGAGGACCUUACACCGGACGACGUUCGUCAUUUGAUCGCUUACGAGGACGAAUUGACCCAAUUGGAUAGAUUCGAAAAAAUCUUCCCUACGAGCACCAGUCACGAGUACAUGCAAUUCUUCGACGUUCCUAGAUACUACAACAUGCUUCUCGACGCUUGGGAAUUCGCUUACGGAGAUAAUCGAGAAAAGGGGAUCUCGAGAUUGCAAAAACUCUGUCAAGCCAAGUAUCAUCUCGAGCAACAAGUGAACAACCGGCAGUAUGUUUCGACACAUAAUAGAAAAUUUUCCGACAAAUACGAUGUAAGAACGUUCCGGGGAACCAAAGGAGAGAAAUUUUCAAGUAUGACGAUAUGUAAGGAGAGGAAGGACGUCUCGACAGGUACCAGCUACGGCAAAUUAUGGAGGAUCGACGAGUACGAAGACGACGAAGGGUUCGUGUACGAGGAGAUAACCGAAUGGCUUUUAACGACGGCUCGAGCGAAGUUGCCCAUCGAAGGCGCUCGUUCCGAGACCGAUCGAGUUGACAAAAAGUCGAAGCUACCUAUGCGAGAGAGCCUCUUUGCUCACGUUCCACCGUACAUCAUCUUCCACGGUUACGACAAGAACGGCGCGUCAUUACCUCAGGAAAUUACGAGACACCUGCUCUGGUGGCAUACCAAGAACUUCUCGCCGCGAAUGAUACGUCUGACGGUUCUCAAAUCGGGAUUUACGAUGACCGAGAAACCUAUGGCCGAUUGGUCCGGUACCUGGUGUACCAAGCUAGCGUUCCUACGCAGGAGCAAGCAGUUGAAAAAAUUUCAAAAGAUCAAUCACUUCCCAAAUUGUCAACAGUUAAGCAACAAGAUCAACUUGUGGACGAACAUUAACAGAAUGGCCAAAAUACACGGUAAGAAGAGCUUCGACUACAUGCCGCUCUCUUACGUAAUACCCAACGAAUACGCGAAACUUAAGAGAUUGUUGGAUAGGAGAACCGUGUGGAUCCUGAAACCAGCAGAUUCUUGCGCCGGUCGCGGUAUACGACUGGUGUCACGCAGCUUCGAGAUACCGAAAAAGUCUUCCUACCUGGCCCAACGUUACCUAUGGAAUCCAAGCUUGAUCAACGGCUACAAGUACGAUCUACGUUUGUACGUUCUGCUAACGUCCAUCGAUCCCCUUCGCAUCUUCAUUUAUUCGGAAGGUCUCGUAAGGGUAGCCACCGUUAAAUACCGCAAUAGAUUCGAUACUCUCCACGAUCGUUUCAUGCAUCUGACUAAUACCUCGAUCAACAAGCUCAGUCCUAGAUACCGUGGAAACGACGAUCCCAACAAGCAACAGGGUAACAUGUGGUCGUUGACCGCACUUUGGAAUUAUCUUCGUUUCAGAGAACGCGCGAAUACCAAUAACAUUUGGCGAAAGAUCAAGGGCAUCGUUAUUAAAAGUAUUAUCUCCGCCGAGGCUUCCUUAGUCCAGGGUAUGAAGGAUAGCAAUCCACCGAGUUACAACAACUGUCAGCUGUUCGGUUUCGACGUGCUCCUCGACGUACGCUUGGAACCAUGGUUGCUCGAAGUGAACGAUUGUCCCUCCAUGGAUACCGAGACGCCUUUGUGCGCGAUCGUGAAGGGCCAACUCGCGCGCGACUUCUUGAAUCUCGUUGGUUUUCACGUGCCGAAUAUAUUAGGACCGGCCGACGUCGAGACGUUGGAAGGACACUCGAAGGAAUCUCAAAUCUGUUACGAUCGUAAUAUCUACGAGGCUUUAUUGUCGAAGGACGGGGAGGAGAAGCAACGAUCGUUCGAGAAAAAUUGUCAUAAUCGUCAAAACUAUUUGAACUUGAUUCUGAGGAAGCUCACGCCCGACGACGUGAGAGUCUUGAUACGACACGAGGACGAGCUCGCCCAAACCGGCAGAUUCGAGAAAAUCUUCCCUACGCGCAACACGUACGAGUACUUCAAGUACUUCGACAAGCUCAGGUACUACAACAUGCUUCUCGACGCGUGGGAAAACGCGUACGGUAAUGACAGGCUUUCAGCUGUCAAAAUUUUUAAGAAAAAAAAUCCCCAAAAAAAAGAAAAGAGAGGCCGAGAAAAAGUUAUGAACGCUUCAACGAACACGAUAAGCGGGAGGUUAACCUCGAGCGUGUACGACGGUCGUAGUAGAGAGGACGAGGAAGACUUGUACGAGCUGAUAACCGAAUAUCUUUUAUUAUUUCCUCCGAUAAAAAAAGAUCCGCCGACGAGCGCCGAAUCGAAGAACGAGUUGCCACUUCGUGCCAGUCUGUUUCCGCACGUUGCGCCAUACGUAGAAUUUCAACCUCACAACGCGAAGGCCCGAUACUUCCCUCGGGAAAUUCAACAACAUCUGCAAUGGGAUCUGACGUCGGCGACGCCAGCGAUCGUUCGAAAGAUCGUACAAAAUACGGGAUAUCGAUUGUUGUCGGGUUGUUCCGGUUGGUGCGGCACGUGGAACGAGAUCAUGUACACGUAUAAUUUCUCGAAUCUGAAGAAUUUCCAAAAGGUCAAUCACUUUCCCGGUUCGUACGAGAUAGGGCACAAGGAUCGCUUGUGCAGGAACGUCGGUAGAUUGAUAUUGCUUCACGGGAAGAAACGCAUAGACUUCGUCCCGCGGACGUACGUACUACCGCACGAUUUCGAGAUACUAUCGAAAAUCUGGGAUAAGGGCCAAGAGAAGAAGUGGAUAUUGAAGCCGCCAGCUUCGUCUCGUGGUCGUGGGAUCAAAGUGAUCAGCAAUAAGACGCAGAUACCUAGCACGUGUAAUUAUCUGGUGAUCCAGCGUUAUCUCUCCAGACCGAAACUGAUAAACGGUAACAAGUUCGAUCUGAGGCUUUACGUACUCGUGACCAGCAUCGAUCCUUUGAGAGUAUACUUUUACGAAGACGGCUUGGUAAGAUUCGCGAGUAACAAGUACAGGGACAGCACCUCGACUCUCCACGAUCGUUUUAUGCAUCUCACCAACUACAGUAUCAACAAGUACUCCUCGGUUUAUAGCGAGAACGACAGCGUCGAUUCUUGCAAGGGCCACAAGUGGUCGCUCAAGUGUCUCUGGAGUCACUUGGAGAAACAGGCGGUGAACACCGCGAGUAUCAUCGAGAGGAUUCACGACAUGACCGUCAAGACGAUCGUCUCCGCGGAGUCCUGCGUCAAUAAUUUCUCUCGCGUAUACGCCGCCUCUUGGUACAACUGUUACGAACUUUUCGGUAUCGACGUUUUACUGGACGAGAAUCUGAAGCCUUGGCUGUUGGAAGUCAACGCUUGUCCCAGUUUACAAACUCCUUCGUUAUUGGACGAAACUAUCAAGGGUGCUCUCGUCAAGGAUACCUUGAAUUUGGUCUCCUAUCGUAUACCAGCGGAAUUACCAAAUUGUUCCCUUCGUCAAGCGGUCGCUAAGAGCGAACAUUCCACGAUCUGUCACGAUUUUCGAUUAAGCGAGAAGGGACUGACCAACAGGGAAAAGUUGAAACAGUUGCAAUUCGUUUCUAAGAAGAAACGGCAAAACUACUUGAACGAAAUCCUUCAAAAUCUAACUGCCGACGACGUCAGACGAUUGAUACAAUACGAGGACGAAUUAAAUCGAUUGGGCUCUUACCGAAAGAUCUUCCCUACCAAGGAUACGCACAAAUACUUCAAGUAUUUCACUUAUCUCGGUUAUUACAAUCGAUUGUUCGACGCCUGGGAGACGGCUUAUAGUCGGAAAAGGAACGAGGCUGUUCAAAGAUUGCGAGAGUUGUGUAAACAAAAAUUUCACCUUAGACGUCACAACGAAGAGAAAGAGAGAGAGAGAAAGAAGAAAGGGAGAAGAAAUGGAAGAUAAUUUUUGCGAUUAGAAAAUUCAACUUAAUACGUGAUAGAUAAUACCUAAUUAGCAUGCAACUAACUCGAGUAUAACUAUUGUCAAAACUGUCUCUUCCUUUUGAUUUGAAUAAUUUUUUAUUUAGAAUAAUAAUGGAAAUGUUGAAAUUAAUAAGUAAUUGCUUCAUUCGGGUUUUAUCUCG